ACCAUUGGUCUCGGGGGCGGGGCUUGGGUACAAGAUGGCCGCCGCGCGCCCGGAGACUCCGAGUCCGAGCUCACCGACCUGGGAGUCGCGAUUCCCGGAGCCACCGGACCUGGUCCUGGUGCCUGACGACGGCCGCGCCGCCACGCCCCCGAGCGACCUCAUCGAGAUCCAGGUGGUGAAGGUCACAGACACCACGCUGGUCCCGGAGCCCCCCGAGCCGGGCUCCUUCCACUGUGCCUUGUGCCCCGCCGCCUUCCGGCUGGUGUCCGAGCUGCUGUUCCACGAACACGGCCACCUGGCGGGGGCCGAGGGCGGCGGGCACGGCGGGGAUCCCAGCCGGUGCCACGUGUGCGGUCACAGCUGCGCGGGCCCCGCCAGCCUGCGCGCGCACUACAGCCUGCACACGGGCGAGCGGCCCUACCGCUGCGCGCUCUGCCCCCGACCCUACCACUGCGGCGUCUGCGGCAAGGGCUUCACGCAGUCGUCCGUGCUGAGCGGCCACGCGCGCAUCCACACGGGAGAGCGCCCCUUCCGCUGCGCCCUGUGCGACCGCACCUUCAACAACUCCUCCAACUUCCGCAAGCACCAGCGCACCCACUUCCACGGGCCGGGCCCGGGCCUGGGGGACUCGGGGGGCCAGCCGGUCAAGCCACCAGUGGGCUUGGGUCUGGUCACUCACAGCAGCAGCACCUGA